GGAGCACCCAAAAAAAAAUAAUAAUAAUAAUGCAUGUGUGUGUUCUUCUGAUGUUCACACCUGUAUGUUCUAAGAUCUGGUUUGCCUGUUGAUUUUUUUAUGAUGUGUCAGCAACUCCACCGGCCAUAAAAGUUUUUCCCUGACCUUUUGGGAGUGGUGAGGAGGAACUCUACUGAAGGAGAAUUUGGAGAGAGGUAAGAGCUGUGGGUCUGAUUUCCAUGGGGUCUUGCUUCAGUGUUCGAAUCAAAGCAGAGAGUCCCCUCCACGCUGUGUUUAACUCAAAAUAUGGCGGCAAAGACAGAAAGAAUUUUAGUAGUUCAAGUAGCAAGGUAUCAUCUACCUCCCCUCGGACAGAGGGUGAAAUCUUGCAAUCUUCAAAUAUGAAGAGUUUUUCGUUUAAUGAACUCAAAACAGCCACCAGGAACUUUCGUCCUGAUAGUGUGUUGGGAGCAGGCGGUUUUGGCUGUGUAUUUAAGGGUUGGAUCGAUGAGAAUACAUUUAAAGCUGCCAGGCCUGGGACUGGUACUGUUAUUGCUGUGAAGAGACUCAACCAAGAAGGCUUCCAAGGUCACAAGGAAUGGUUGGCAGAAAUUAAUUAUUUGGGGCAGCUAUAUCAUCCAAAUCUUGUGAAAUUGAUUGGAUACUGCUUAGAGGAUGAUCACCGGCUUCUAGUAUAUGAGUUUAUGCCCCGGGGCAGCUUGGAAAAUCAUCUAUUCAGGAGAAGUUCUUACUUCCAACCGCUUUCUUGGAGCCUCCGUAUAAAGGUUGCACUUGGUGCUGCCAAGGGACUUGCAUAUCUUCACAGUCCAGAAGCAAGAGUCAUAUAUCGUGAUUUCAAAACGUCUAAUAUCCUGCUUGAUUCUAACUACAACGCAAAGCUUUCUGAUUUUGGGUUGGCAAAAGAUGGACCAGCAGAUGGUAAAAGCCAUGUAUCUACAAGGGUCAUGGGCACAUUUGGAUAUGCUGCUCCUGAGUACUUGGCAACCGGUCAUUUAACUGCCAAAAGUGACGUCUACAGUUUCGGGGUUGUUUUCCUUGAAAUGCUGACAGGCAAGCGAUCGGUUGACAAGAACCGUCCAACUGGGGAACAUAACCUUGUUGAAUGGGCAAAACCUUACCUAACUAGUAAACGCCGGAUUCUUCGUGUUAUGGAUUCCCGUAUUGAAGGCCAAUACUCGUUGAGUGGAGCACUAAGAGCCGCUACCCUUGCAAUCAAAUGCCUAGCCAUUGAACCCAAGUUCAGGCCGACCAUGAUUGAGGUUGUGAAAGCAUUGGAGCAUCUUCAGGACUUAAAAGACCAAAAUUAUCACAGCAAUGCAAGCAACAAUCCUGAUUGUCGCACGACAUGUGCUGAUGAAGGUUGCGAUGGAAAAGCUGCUUCUUAUCCUAGGCCUUCUGCUUCCCCUAUUCAUGCUUGAAAGAUAUGAGGGACCAAGUUGCGUUCGCAAUUGUUACUUAAACAGGAGUAAAACAAUGACGUAAGAAAGAAGAUUUAAGCUGGAAUUCGGACAUAUAUUACACCAAAUAUUGGUUGAUUACUGUACAGUUCUUAUAUUUAAUUUGGCUCAUGUAUCUAUUAUUGAUGUUUCUUUGAAAUGUUGGUAUACUUCUGUUGUAUUGUACCUAGAAUAUGAUUUUAUGGAUACUUGAGGAGAUUAGGGA